AUGGUCGAUCUGAACAUCGCUGGAAUACGAAAAGACGCGAAAGCGUACUGGAUAGGCGGAGCUCGAACAGUUAGUGAACUUCAGCUGCCUCAUCAAACAUUGGAGAUGGCGGACAUGACUCAAAAGUACCCACACUUGCAAGGUCUGCCUGUAGACUCCUACUUUGAUGCUCGACCGCGCAUUUUAAUACGACUGAAACAUGCGAGAAUCGGUCUGGUGCAACAGAGCCGCGAAGGAAAUCAUGAAGACCCCAUAGCGAUCAAAACAAGGUUGGGAUGGGCUGUAUAUGGUGGUUGCAGUAACCCAGCUACUCUCAAUAUGGUUCAUUACACCUUCCAUAUAUGUGAGGACGGCCCUCAGUCUGAUGAGAGCUUGCACAACGCUGUAAAGGAGUUUUUCGAUCUUGAAAGUAUUGGCAUUUCUAAAGCAAACAGCCUUAUAUCAAAGGAGGAUAGCCGUGCUAUUGCUCUACUUCAGUCCCGUACCAAAUUUGAGAAUGGAAGAUAUGAGACGGGCCUCUUGUGGAAAUUCGACGAUGUCCGUUUGCCGAACAAUCGCGAAAUGGCUUUGCGUCGGUAUUACUGUCUUCAGAAGCGUCUGCAGCAUGAUCAACAGCUGUCUGAAGCCUUAAACAAACAAAUUGCAAGUUAUUUAGAGAAGGGUUAUCUGCGCAAGCUUCCUUCAGAAGAGCUUGCAAUGUCUUUUCCACGAGUGUGGUAUUUACCCACGUUUCCGGUAACAAACCCCAAUAAACCCGGGAAAACAAGGCUAGUGUGGGAUGCAGCAGCGAAGGCGUUUGGCGUUUCCCUAAACUCAGUACUUGUUAAAGGGCCCGAUCAACUGAGUUCUUUGUUCACCAUACAUAUCCAGUUUCGACAAUUUCGAGUGGGACUAACUGGCGAUUUAAAGGAGAUGUUCCACCAGGUGAACAUGCGACGAGUGGACCAACAGUGUCAGAGGAUCUUUUGGCCAGAUGUGGAUGGAGAACUGUCCAUCUACGUUCUCUGCGUAAUGACAUUUGGGGCAUGCUGCUCACCGAGUUGUGCACAAUAUGUCAAGAAUAUAAACGCAGAUCGUUUCAUCGAUAAAUAUCCUGCAGCAGUCGAGACGAUACAGAAAAGGCAUUAUGUGGAUGACAUGUUGGAGAGCGUCGAAGCUGAAGACGAGGCCAUCGCUUUGGCACAGGACGUGAAGCUAAUACACGCUGCUGGAGGGUUUGAAAUUCGAAAUUGGCUUAGCAAUUUCCAACGAGUCAUGGCAGCGCUCAAAGAGAACAGUACCGCGGACAAGGAUAUGGAUUUGAACAACGAGUUGGCAACUGAGAAGAUCCUGGGUAUGUGGUGGCGGACAUCUACGGACUCGUUUACCUACAAAAUAGGGUGGAACCGAUUUUCAUCAGGACUACUCAGCGGUGAAUUGAUUCCAACAAAAAGACAGAUUCUACGAGUUCUGAUGUCAAUUUUCGACUCUUUGGGAUUAAUUUCCCAUUUUUUAAUCUAUCUGAAGAUCAUUCUUCAAGAUAUCUGGAGAUCGAAGAUAGGAUGGGACGAUAAAAUCGACGGUGAACUACACGAGCGGUGGCGAACGUGGUUAGAUGCCUUACCGAUGGUCGAAACAGUUAGCAUACCUCGAUGCUUCAGAACACAAACUACUCUGAGUCACGAUUUGGUCAUUCAAAUGCAUACUUUAGUAGAUGCUAGUGAAAAUGCGCUCGCGGCAGCAGUCUACCUUCGAUUUUCUCAAGGGAAUGUCAUCGAAUGCUCGUUAGUUGCAGCAAAAACCAGAGUUGCGUCCCUGAAGCUCGUGUCAAUUCCAAGACUGGAGUUACAGGCUGCUCUGAUCGGGGCAAGAUUGGCUAAGACCAUUACAAAUAGUUUGUCAAUUCCAAUCAAACGACAUUUCUACUGGACGGAUAGUCGGAACGUGAUGUGCUGGAUCAAAGCCGAUCACCGACGAUACUCGCAAUUUGUAGGAUUCCGCAUUAGCGAAAUUUCGGAGUUAACAGCUUCGGACGAGUGGCACUGGGUCCAGUCAAAGGAGAACGUUGCGGAUAUGGGUACAAAAUGGAAGAGUGCUCCUGACUUGUCGGCUACGAGCAGGUGGUUCCAAGGACCAGCAUUUCUAUGGGAACCGGAGGAUCUAUGGAUACGGCCAGCGAUUGGGUGCGAUGGUGAAACCGAAGAGGAACUGCGGCCAAGUCUACACGUGCACUACACAGCUCCUGAACCCGUGGUAAACGUUGAACGUUUUUCUACCUGGAAGCGUCUACAUCGUGUAGUGGCGUAUGUUCAUCGUUUUUUCAAGAAUUGUCAGUUACGUCAUCGCCAACAAUCCAAGGUUACUGGACCGCUCAAAAUGGACGAACUCCGGAGAGCAGAACAGUAUCUUAUACGUCAAGCCCAGCAAGAUGCCUACGCGGAUGAAAUUGCGAUUCUACGCAAGCUCGACUACCAGAGUAUGAGUUUACCAAAAACCAGUGCACUUCAUAAGCUCACACCAUGGUUGGACGCUGACGGAUUGCUGAGAAUGCGCGGAAGGAUAUCUUCAUGUGAAUAUGCCAGAGAUGACGCCAAAAAUCCCAUUAUUAUGCCACGCCAUCACCAUACCACACGCCUAAUAAUUAUCGACUAUCACCUCAAAUUCCACCACAAGAACCACGAAACGGUGGUUAAUGAGUUAAGACAAAAAUACCGGAUUCCGCGAAUUCGAUCCGCCUAUUUUACGGUUAGGAAAUCUUGCCAAAAGUGCAAAAACGACAGUUCCACUCCUCGACCACCGAUCAUGGCUGAACUACCAAUAGCCCGACUAGCUGCAUUUUCGAGACCGUUCACCUUUACCGGUAUAGACUAUUUCGGCCCUAUUGAGGUCGCAACAGGAAGAAGGCGAGAGAAACGAUGGGGCAUGCUCGCCACAUGUUUAACAAUACGCGCCAUACAUAUCGAAAUAGUGAGUUCCCUUACGACUGAUUCCUGUGUCAUGGCUAUCAGGAACUUUAUGGCUCGACGUGGCGUUCCUAGGGCCUUCUAUAGCGACCGAGGAACAAAUUUUGUAGGAGCGAACCGGACGUUGAACUAAAUCUCCGAGGUCGUGAAUCAUGAAGACAUCAUGAAAGAGUUCGUCUCCUCAGAUACCAUGUGGUACUUCAACCCACCCGCUUCACCACACAUGGGUGGGAGCUGGGAGCGGUUGGUGCGAACAGUGAAGAGCAACCUACUAGCAAUAUGCCCAGCCCAAAGAUUAACCGAAGAAAUUCUGCGUAACCUACUAUCGGAAGUCGAAAAUACAAUAAACUCCCGACCUUUAACUCAUGUACCAGUGGACGACGAAUCCGCCGAAGCUCUUACACCAAACCAUUUUUUGUUGGGGGCCUCAAAUGGUAAUGGCCAACAUAUUCUGGAAGAGGUGGAUUACGGAUUAUUUGCCAGAUAUUACCAAACGGACGAAAUGGUUUUGCCCCACAAAGCCCAUCGCCAUCGGGGACAUUGUAACCAUCGUCGAUCAAAGACUUCCCUGGAAUUGCUGGCCAAAGGGCAAAGUCAUUGCCACCUGCCCUGGUAAAGACUUGCAGAUACGAUCAGCAACGGUACGAACUUCAAAUGGUGUGUAUGAACGAUCUACAGCGAACUUGGCCGUGUUGGAUGUACGGCGCGAGGAGAAGUAAGUCAUUCGGGUUGGCUUACCCGGGGGAGGUUGUUGCACACUACAUCGUCUGCGCGCACCUCCCGAACAUCCCCAAGACCUUGUUUGGUACACACACCACGUAAGUAGCCGGCUUGUAUCCAUCGAUGAUGAUGAACGAGGACAAUAGAAGGAGAGAACAAUCAUUCUAGGCACAGAAAACGUGUAUUCCGUAAUAUUGUUUAUUCUAUACGAAAUUAUUUGAACUACCAGUAAAAUAUUGUACUGUAAUUAUUGAACUACGUAAUCUAACUGUUAGUUGCACUAAACCAUAUAUUGUCGGUAAGAAUACAACAAAAAUCCUUAAAAUAACAGCUUAAAAUCAACCUAACUAUCAAUCCAGGUUAGCGUGCGUAACAGAUGCCUAUCGGUAGUCCAGAAAUUAUUACUAAUAGUUCUAUAUUGUUGGUGAGUAGCUAUUUCGGUAAAAUCUUAACAAAAAGCCAGAUAAAAUGAUGAAUUAAUCUACCAAUGAAAUAGGCACAUCCGUAAUUGGGACCGGUGAACUACCGUCAAUCCCCACGAUACCGUCGUGAACAUCAAGAGCACUAAACGUA